AUGACUGAAUCAAACUUAUCAAAGAGCGACCUGUUAGAAAUAUGCAGUAGUCUAGGAUUGCCAACAGAAGGAAAUAAAAUGGACUUGGUCCAAAAAUUAAAGGAAUAUUCCGGUGUUAUAAACCGUGGGAAAGGAAAAGAAAAAGAUGUAUUAGCAGGUCCAAGUACCUUGGGGCAAGAAAUUGCCGAUGAUGCUUCAAUAGUCUAUAGCCAACAAACGGAAAUCUCCGCCACAUUGAAUCCAAACACUGAACCACGUGCGCAAACACUAAACGACUUAUUACGAAACAAGAAGCGCACAGCAUGGAACAUGCCAUUAGAAGGAUUACCAAGAGAUAUAGAAGAAGUAUCCGAUUGUCAACCCCAAACAUAUAGGGAAACUAAAAAGCGGAAGUCACUUGCAGAAGAAG